AUGACUUCUGCAGGCAGCCUCGAGUCCUUACUCCUGCGCAUACAGCGCAUCGAGGACAUAAACGAAAUUCACAUCAUGGGCCGCCGAGCAUACCACCACUUGGCCGGUCGUCACAAUCUUGAAGUUGACGAACUUCAGAGCUCCCAGGACGCUGUCGUCUUCGAGACUGAAGACGUCGGUGCCUGGACGAGCCUCAAGACCAUCAAGGAGUCGUACGUCGAGAAGAACCCCUUCCCGUCUGGCACCAAGGGCCUGCUGGUCGAACACACAAUCACCACCCCUGCAGUCGAAAUUUCCGGAUGCGACGUGCCCAAGGCCCACUGGAGCUGGGGCCGAUACGCCGUCGGCUUCCGUAAGGAGGACGGCAAGUGGAAGAUCUGGCACUUGAACGUGCCGACUAUGUUCCGCACCGCCUUUGACGACACUGGCCAAGACUGCCUUCAAGAAGCCCGAGUUGCUGCCCAAGGAUGGUGA